UUAAUUUAUUAAUUAGAAUGACAUUUCAGAUACCGGUGUAUUGUUUCUAUGUUACCUACGAACUAUGGAAUAUUCUAUAUUAAUAAAUCUAAUUAAAUGACUAUAAAGGGCUAUCAAAAAAUGGUAUCUUUUCCAAAUAUAAAUAUAAUAAAAAUUGACUAUAUUUUGACUUGAUAAAUACAAAAAAAAAUCGGAAGAUCUUUUUCAUGUAACUAAAAUAAUUAAUACAAAAAAGUGCAAUAAAUAUUUAAUGUAGUUUGGGCUGUUGUCCAAAGAUAUCAAUAAAAAAAUUUUCAAAAAUAAGAAGACCUCGCGAAUGGUCCAUGCUUAUGCAGCGAUGUAAGCAUUAUUUUCUCUUUUUUUCUUUUAAUAUCAACGAAAUCUUUUCUUGUAUUUUAAAAGAAAUAUUACAAUUUUUGUAUAUUCUUUUAAUAUAAAUAGAUUAAAAUUAGUUUUGAUAUUAAAAAUUACAAAAUAUUCCACUAUGUUUGUUAACUAUUUGUAUAUAAAACAAAGGUUUUAUUUUCUUAUGAAAAACAAACCCCUCGAUCCGUGACAUCGAGAAAACCCCUAUCCAGAUGAAAACUAGAAUAGUCUAAACUAGAAUAGUAAAAUAGCGAGAAAAGUAAGGAAAGAUGUCAGUUUGUUCCUUUUCCUCAUCAACAAAUUGAAACCUCUUGCGACAGAUCCAACCAUUAAUAAUAAUCAAACGUACAAAUAUACACGUAUCGAUGACACACGGUAUCUUUGGUAAUACGAUUUGGGUCAAAGGUUUACCUGAUUAUUUUAUUCCGAAUAAGUAUAAAAGCACGGAUGAACGGGAACCCGGUACAUAUUCAUUCAAUUCUACCGAGGGUGAACAACUUUUUUGUAUUUGCUGUAUAUAUUUUUUGUUGUUGAAAGAAAGAAAAAGGGGAUGCUGAAGGUAGCGCUCUUGUUGGCGCUCGGCGGCAUGCUAUGCGUUGCCGAAGGCGCGAAAUUGACCGGAACUCGGACAGCCGACAAGAACUUCUUGGACAAACAGAAGAAGAUCUACAAUCUCUUGCUCUAUGUCAGACAGAACGAUCUGACAGACACGGAUUGGUACAACCAAGGCAUAAACUAUGAGAUCGAGAAAAACAUGGACAAGUACACAAACCAGACUGUUGUCGAAAUGUUCCUCUCGAUGUACAAGCAAGGAAAGUUCCUUGCCCGCGGUGCCAUCUCCAACCAGUACAACCGUGAGCAACGGUUCGAAACGCACCUGUUGUUCGAUCUGUUCUACGCCGCCAAGGACUUCGAGACCUUUUACAAAACUGCUUGUUUCGCUCGGAUAUUCAUGAACGACGGCAUGUUCACCACGGCCUUUACGGCCGCAGUUAAGUACAGAAGCGACUGCCAAUGCGUAGGUCUGCCAAUGAUCUCAGAGAUCUAUCCAAACCUCUUCUUCGAGUCCAGAGCGAUCCAACAAGCACAAAACAUUAAAAUGACCAGAGGCGCUGACACUGGUAUAUCUACCUACAUAAUCCCUGCCAAUUACUCCAGCAAAUACAUGUAUCCAUACGUAGACGAUGAAUACAAGAUGGACUACUAUAUAGAAGAUGCCGACUUAAACGCUUAUUACUAUUACUUCCGCAUGACGUCCCCCUUCUGGUUAGACACCAACAGACGCAAGGAAGUCCGUGGAGAAUGUUACUUCUUCAUCCACAAACAACUCAUGGCCAGGUAUAACCUGGAACGAAGAUCCAACGCCAUUAGCAGGAUAGCAUCGUUCGACUGGAACAAACCCAUCUACCCCCUUUACUUCUCGAAUCUGAUGUACUCCAAUGGCGUACCAGUUCCUACGAGACACAAAUACGCGUCCCUCCCCUAUCACAAAUACAACUAUCUUAAAGACAUCUUCACUCUGGAAAAUCGUAUAAUGGACGCAAUUGACUCUGGAUACUUGAUGGACACAGAUGGAAGGAAGAUAGAUAUCUACACUCCGGGAGGUCUGAACAUGUUGGCCAAUGUGAUCGAAGGAAACGGUGCUUCUUGCAACAGUCGAUACUACGGAAUGUACGAUGCUCUGGUACGUAACGUCCUUGGCUUCAGCUAUGAAAAACCCAACCAGAACAUCUCGAUACCCAGUGCUCUUGAAUUCCACGCCACCAACAUGAGAGAUCCAGCAUUCUACAUGCUCUACUCGAGAAUCAUGUCGUUCUUCUACAGAUACAAGAGAAACGUGCCUAAAUACAGUGAAGAGGAACUGAAGCUGCCAGGAGUGAAAUUCGAAUCCGUUACCAACGUAGAGAAACUCUACACGUACUUCGGCAAGUGCGACACUGUUAUUAACAAUGCUGUGGCAGUGAAGACCGCCACGGAAGGAAGCCAAUUUGUUAUGAAAGCGCGUCGUCCUUGCUUGAACUACCAGCCAUUCAUGUACAACUUCACCAUCAACUCCGAUGCUAAAAUGGAUGCUACCCUCAGCAUCUUCCUUGGUCCAGCGUACGACGACGUGAAAGAUGACAUGGUUUACCUGCAAAAAUUCUACCAUCAGUUCGUUCAAAUGGACCAAUUCAACGUGUCACUCGUUCCCGGUCCCAAUAACAUUCAACGUAGCAGUUCAGAGUCUAUGUUCACAACAUCAAACAUGAUGGAAGCCGAGUACUUCCACAGCAAACUGAACAAAGCCGUCAGCGGUAGUGAACCCUUCGUCUACUCCGAGGUAGACCGCAGCUUCCCGGAACGUCUGACUCUGCCCAAAGGUAGACGGGGCGGUAUGAUGUACAAGAUGUUCUUCUUCCUGAGCACGGUCAACGGCAACGACCCCGACAUGUGCUUAAACCCCACAGUCGAUAAAUUCCCCCAAAAGAGAGCACUUGGAUUCCCUCUGGACAGACCCAUGCCUUAUACAUGGAACUACACCAUCCCCAACAUGUAUUUCAAGAACGUGUUCAUCUAUCAUAAUACAAACCGCGAGGGAAUGAACUACUGAACGGACACUUUCCUUUUGAUGAAAGUGGAAGCAUCUCUUUGUCGAUGAUUGCUUAACCGCAGAGAAAAGAUUCUUUAAAUAAAAGAUUCUGAAUAAAAUAAAUGCUUUUUUUAUUAAAUCUUAGUAUUCUAUUCCAUUGUUUUCCACUAACAAGCCUCAAUAAUUUAGAAUAUUACAAGAAAUAUUUAUAAUAUGGUAGUAGGGCCUAAGGAGAGGCUUAUGGUGCCAUUUUCCCUAAGGAAAACUACUCCAUACUUGGACACUAUAUGCUUAGCUGCCGUAUAGACUUCUUUUAUUAGUUAAGAAUAAGUAUUAUAUUGGGAGAACCCACAAUUACACUACUUAUGCAUUGCAAUCUUCAGCCAUUGUAUCAAGAAAGGAAUACUUAACGAGAUAAUGAUUAUCAGUAUUCUAUUACAAGAAGAUUUACUCGACUAAACUUGUUACAAACACAUGCAAAGUCCGUUCAAUGAUAUACCAGAGACCGAUAACUGUUAAUUCCAGGAGAGAAAUUAAAAAUCCUAAGAGUGAAUGAACUUUCUGUGUGCCGAGUGUGAAUGAACUUAUUAUGUGUUAACAACGUUUGAAAUUCCAUUUCAAAUAUUAAAAUACAAAUCAAAUCAAAUCGAUUCAAAAUAAUGAUAACAUUAAAUAGAGAUAACGAAUGUAUACAUUCAAUCUCCUUUACAUAACAAAUAUUUAAGUAUCAUCUCUUUAUAAAUAAGUAGAAGAUAACAUUACUUUUUUAUCACAAUUAGAAAACGAAAGUUUCCAUAUCUGGAUUAAAUUUAAGAUAAAGGGGGAACUAUGAUUUCUUCAAAUGAAGUGCUCCUAAUAAAUAGUGGUGAAUUAAAAUAAAUAACUUCAGGGACAUGAAAAUAAUGGAUUAUUUAUCUACCUCUUAUUUAUAUUUAUACACCUCUCAGAAAAUUGUUAGACUACUGAUAGAAAUAAUGCUGCAUUAAAUGUGACUAUUUCUACCAUGGCUUCUAUAGUUUUGAAUAAUAUUCAAACAUCACGAUAGAAAUAUAUCAAACCAGUUUAAUUUUACGAUUAUAAUUAAACAGGUAUCUCACAUGUUUAUUUAUAGAAGACUGACUAAAUAUAGAAUGUAUUAUAAAUGAUAUCCAAUUUUUGAAACACGUGAUCAAAGGCUGAGAUACGUGCAUAAAUUUUUUAUUAUACAAAGUGUGCAUAAAAUGAUUGAGUACUACUGCUCAGACAAAAUAAUAAGAAAUAUAAACUAGAAUAGCAUUCUCUAAUUAUGACUGGUUAAUGAAAAGGACUUUGUUUAUAUAAAAGAAAAAUAAGACAAGAUUCACUCAGACUGUAUGAUCUGUCGAAACAGAUUUUUCGGGUCAAAGGUGAACGCAUGUCUUGAAUGAUUGUUAUUGAUUAACGUAAAUUGAAAGUUUAUCAGCAU